CCACUCGUUCUCUCGGCCUGAGUUGUCCUCCCGCUCUUCUAUCUUCCGUCGCAUUGAACCGCUGGAUCUUGUUCAAUACCUAUUCGUUGGGCUGCGUCAUCUGUCCCCGUUGCCAACUUGCCAGUCCUUUCGUCGGUGCCCCGAUUAUGUUCGCCUUUUGAGCUCAGGCCCGCCAAUUCUAUUCGCACAUACCACUUUUAAUCCACACGAGUUGAGCUCAGAGGAGAAGAUCGGGCGGUCAGUUGAACGUGAUUGAUCUGCAUCUGGGAUCUUCGUAUUCGCCACGUACGAACCGCUGUCUACGAUCGUUGCAACCAUCACUGCUUGGGACGGAACUCUCCACCAUCCGAUCAUGGAGUUAACCCGGUUUUGGCGUCCCCGCCAGUGGACGCUAUGGCUCCUGUUUGUUUCGUAUGCCUAUGCGUUCUACAUCCCUGGUUACUCGGUUAAGCGUUAUAAUGACGACGAGCAUAUUCCGCUCCUUGUAAAUAAGAUCUUCUCCGACCACACUCAGCUCCAGUAUGCCUACUUUGACUUGCCUUUUGUCUGUCCUCCCAGCGGCCGGUCGCAUGGCGGAUCCCCAUUUGGCUCGGGGCAGAGUGUUUCGCUAAACCUGGGAGAGAUCCUCCGAGGCGACCGCAUUAUGACCUCCGAUUUUGAACUGCAGAUGGGCAAAAACGUGGAAUGCCAGGCGCUCUGUACGCAGGAAAUCAGCCGCAAGGAUGUCAAAUGGAGUCGUCAGCUCAUCCAGGAAGGCUACGUGGCGGAGUGGAUCGCGGAUAACUUGCCUGGAGCAACUAGCUUCGUCACCGUCGAUCGUAGUCGCAAGUACUAUGCCACUGGCUUCAAGCUGGGGUUCCAGGAGUUCUCGCCCAUCGACGGCAAGGCCCGGUACUACAUCAACAAUCACUUUACCAUUGUCAUCCGCUGGCGGUCGGCCCCCGAGGGCGGCAAGGUCAUUGUUGGAUUCGAAAUCUAUCCGAAGAGCAUCCGCGCGGCCGAUCACCUAGAGGGUGGCUGCCCCAAACACGUGCAUGAGGCCCACGAUGGAUUGGAAUUGUACAUUCCCCCGGACCUGUCCAAGCUGCGCGAGAAGUACCCGGGGUCGUCAUACAUUCCGGAGGACGAUGAUGAGCUCGAAGAUGAUGCUAUCUUGAAGAUCCCCUACACCUAUUCGGUUUACUUUAAGGAGGAAAACGGGGUCGAAUGGUGGAACCGGUGGGAGCUCUACUUCAGCAACCAGGACGAAGGCUCUACGACUCAUUGGCUUGCAAUCCUCAACUCGAUGACUAUCGCUGGUGUUCUUGGAGUGGCGGUGUACGUUAUCUGGAGUCGGACGGUACAAGGAGACAUCAAGGGCCGUGGAGACGGAGUCAUGGAGGAUGGCAAACUCAAAGUUCGGGCUCCCAAAGCUCGGUCGGAGCGAAAGGGCGAUGGGCUGCUGGAGCAAGGAGCGGAUGUUGAACGGGAUGCGGAUGUCUCAUCCGACGACGAGGGUCUGGACGAUGUGAGCGGCUGGAAACUCCUUCAUGGGGAUGUGUUCCGGGUGCCCCAGUACAGUGGACUCCUUGCGCCGCUUGUGGGUUCCGGCAUGCAGCUGUUGUUCAUGGUGUCGGGGCUUCUGCUACUCAGCUGCCUCGGGGUUCUGAACCCGAGUUUCCGCGGCGGAUUCGUCAGUGUUGGGAUGGGCUUGUUUGUUUUUGCUGGUCUCUUCUCGGGGUACUUUUCGGGGCGCCUCUACAAGACUUUUGGCGGCACUUAUUGGCGGAAAAACACCCUCAUCACUGCGUUGUUCUUCCCUGGUCUGGCUUUCUGCCUCAUCUUCAUUCUCAAUCUGUUUGUGUGGGCGCAAGCCUCUAGCACUGCCAUUCCUUUUGGUACGCUGGUUGGUCUUUUGGCUCUCUGGCUGCUCAUCCAAGUUCCGCUGGUCUAUGUUGGCAGCUGGUACGGCUACGUGCGCACGGCACCCUGGGAGCACCCGACCAAGACCACCUCCAUCGCACGCCAGAUCCCGCCGCAGCCCUGGUACCUACACAGCAUCAGCGGGACGCUCUUGACCGGACUGGGACCGUUUGCCGUUUUGUUCAUCGAGCUCCUGUUUGUGUUCAAGAACCUAUGGCAGGACAAGAGUGGCUACUACUAUGUGUUUGGCUUCCUGAGCGCUGUUUCGACGGUGUUGAUGGUGACCGUCAGUGAAGUGACCAUUAUCGCGACGUACACUCAACUCUGCGCAGAGAACUAUCAUUGGUGGUGGCAAAGCUUCCUCACUGGUGGAAGCAGUGCGUUUUGGGUGUUUGGCUACUGCGUGUGGUACUACAUCUUCCACCUACACAUCACCGGCUUUGUGUCGAGUCUGCUGUUCUUCAGCUACAGCUUCCUGGCGUGCGCGGUGUAUGGUCUCCUGACGGGCACGGUUGGAUUCUUGACGGCAUAUGCAUUCAUCCGCCGCAUCUACAGUUCUGUCAAAGUUGAUUGAAUGCCGAGCCAAUGACAACAAUUGACCGGGCCGUCAUGCUGAUGACUGUCCUACGUGGCAUCGCCAUGCUCAAUCCUUCGACACCUGCGUCUGUCAUUUCUUUGAGAGAAAAUGGGUUGGCGGCGGGCUGCAGCGGUGGCCUGUGGCCCUGCUUGAUAUAUAUACAUCUGUCAUUAGCGAAAUCAUAGCAGUUCCUUGUACCGACGACGAGGUGGCGAGACCUCAAAAUGUAGUUGCCAAGGCUCCUCCGCAAGGGACGGGGCACAUGAUGCACGACGCCUCCGCCAAGCGUCCCAUGUUUGAGACCGCAUCGCGGAGGUGCCAAGCCGGUGGAAUCAAUUUUUGCUAGCCC